AUGAAACUAAAAUUGAUGCUCGACUCUCGUCAGUCAGAGACGCUGCAAGCUGCUGCAAGUUCGGUUGCUCGUGAUCUGUCUCCCUUCAAAAUGCCUGAAGAUUCCAAAAAACUGUCAUUCUUCCUGAAGUUAAUUGGGAACACCAUGAAUAUCCAUCAAGAGAUAUUAAGGCGGCUGAAGCAACGUCUUGUGCUCGCUCAAGUGUCUGCAGAGGAAAACAGUGAUGUCAUCAUUGCUUUUGUCCCAAUUGUGUCUCGGAUGGGAACGGACAUUGAAGCUGCCCUUCAGAACAUCCCUAGAACGGGUAAGCCUGUUGUUCUCAUGGUGCUCCACUUCACAUUUGAUGAGAAUCACAUAGCUCCAAGAAGCCAAAGGAUCGUAAACAGGGAUGAUGUGUUAGCUGUGGACUUGCUCUGUUAUGAAGACCUGGGACUGCUCAGAUCCCUUCACAAUGAUGAGGCGCUGAAAGCCAUCACUGACUAUCUGACCUCUAUUGGAGCUUCACCUAAUACCCAGCUUGACUCAACCAGAUCACCAUGUGGGCCCUUGGUACUCAUCACCUGUAUCAUUUUAAUUGUUAUUGUAGUAGCGACAGUCAUUGGCGUUAUCUUUUAUUUAAAGCCAUGGCAAAAGCACACUGCACACCGCUCGCUAAUACUACCGUAAACAUGAAUUCCUAAAAACAAUACAUUUACCUGAUUUCUGUAAAUUAGCUACAGUUAAAUUACUGUAGAAACUGUUCCUGUUAAAACGUUUUUCAAUAAGUAUGGGCUAUUUUGACAAGUAGGAUGCAAUCUUUAAACAAUUCUAGUAUAAUAAUAAUAAUAAAAGACUUUCUUCUUUCACCGACCACUGGUGCUCUUAGCUUUAUAGCGAUGGCUAAAUUUAAUGUACAUUAAAAAUUAAAAGGCAAAGCAAAGACACGAGAAUGUUAAAGUGUCAAAUAUAUGAUUGUAGCUGUAUAUAAUGGUCUUAUGAAAUCUUUUUUGCCUCUAAUCAGCAAUAUUUCACAUGCUGAGGCUAAAAUGAAAUGAAUGGCUUAUAACUAUAUGCAUGUACCUGAACUGUUAAAUAAAAUGUAUAUACUAUUG